CAAAGAUUUUGAAAGCUGAAGUUGAAAAACUGAAGGCUCUUCUUGCUCGAUUUAUGCCAGAAACAAGUGAUCGAGUUUCUGAACGUGUAGCAUCUAACAAGUCAUCGCACAUGGCAGUUCAAAUAUUGGAAGAUGAUGUGGAAGUUUUUGAAUGCGACAAUUCAUUCAAUCAGGGGAAAAAAUGUCAUUUGGCUCUGAAGAAUAAGGGGAAUGUGGUGGCAUAUGGCACGAUAGUAUCCGACGGAGGCCCAAAUGUAAUGCUGCACAAUGCUCCACUUGGGGAAGGCAACUUAAAGGUGUCUGUUGAUGUUGUUUUACAGGAGGAAGCAGAGCUUCCAAUUCCACUUAAGUCGGGACCAACAGUAAUGGUAGAUGCUGUUGGAACUGUGGUUGGAUGGCCAAAAGAAUUGGUGAUAUUUCCGACGACAAAGAAAAAGGAGAAACCUGCACCACCAUUUGCUAUUUUGGAGGUUCCUGAUGAGAAAAAUAAAUUCAAGGAAGUUGAAAGUGCUCUACCAAUGCCAUGCAAGUUUUUGUAUUCUUUUGUUGUUAGACUGAUGACUGAGGAGGAGACCAUUCCUAUCGAAUUUGAUGAAGCCAUGUUUGGACGUAAUUUACUUGUACAAGUACUUGAAGGAAACAAACAGGGCUGA